AUGAAAUUCGCAAAAGAGCUCGAUCGAGAUGCCGUGCCCGAAUGGCGCUCGACGUACCUCAAUUACAAAAAAGGAAAGAAGCUCUUGAAGGCCAUAACAAGAGCCCAGCAUGCUGCUGGAACAACCAGAAGUGGAUCUAUCCGUCAGCGUGGAACCUAUCGCUCAUCUUCCACUGGUGCUGCCACUGCGGAGGGCUUUGUAACAGAUAAUGCUCAUCUUUCUCAGACAUCUGGUACAUCUCUGCCAGAAGAUGCGAAUGGCUCCACGCCAUCACGACGAAGAGUAGCGCACUCCGAACCUAUCAACGUCACAGCAUCGACCGAUCGUACUGAUCAUCCACCCCGCUCACACACAGACGAGACGUAUGACCGCUCGCGAAACAUACCAUUUACCAAUGCAACGUCCGAGAGGCGUGAUCAUACUAUCAGACGGCCAUCAAGGGAUAGACUCGGCGAGCCUUUGCAUCCAGAAAGAGUUCCGCUGAAUCCAGAUCGUAAUAUGCAACGGGGUUUGCGAAGGUAUGGCAGCAUCAUCGGAAGUCCAUCAGACGGUGAUCCAUUCACCCCUGAACGAUACCUCUCGCAGUACGACUGUGGAAAGCCUGAAAGCAUAGCUUUGCCUGAUCCAGCCUUGGACCCUAACCAGGUCUCGCCUCACCUAGACCCUCUGAAACCUACCAUUUCACGCAGUGAUCGACGCGCAUCUUUCUCCCUGGCUUCAUACUCUUCCGGGAGAAACGCAUACGAAGUUGGCAAAACUAAGGCUCUUCAUCCACAGCAUGGUCAUCUUCCCAGCAGGUAUCGUACGCUCUUGACGCCAACGCGAACUAUCUCGUCUCCUCAUACUACUGACAACGACCGGCCUCUUUUUAAGCGUGUAUUGUCAAUUGGGACCCGUGCAACUUCGCAGAUGAAUGAUGGGACCGACGUAUCUCUCAGAAACUACCGUGAAAUGGAGCUCCGUGAGAGCGAGUUCUUCAGGUUUCUCGACCUUGAAGUUGAGAAAGUCGAGAAGUUCUACAAUGAUCGUGAGAGAGACGCUACAGCCCGACUUGAUCUCCUCCGAGAACAACUGCAUAUGAUGAGAGAAUUGCGAAUUCGAUGGAUCGUGAACCACCGAAAUGCAGAGCGGUCAGAAAACCUGAAUGACAUGUCCAGCAGCAAUCCAGAGCAGUCUGGAACACCCUCGUCCCAAACUACUGGAGUCGCGGUACGGGUCUCACAUGUGUUGCAUGUCAUGCGACACGGAAGACUAGGAAAGAACAGCAAAGCCUUUCGAGAUCUAGCAACACCCCCUGCAUUGCAAAGUCAUCCAGGUGAGCAGAGUGGUGUAGCUAGCGACUAUACGCGGACGUCGUCGUACAGAGCAGCCAAGAGACAACUGAAGAUUGCUUUCCAAGAGUACUACCGCUCGCUUGACUUGCUCAGAUCAUAUGCAUUACUCAACCAAAAAGCGUUCAAGAAAAUAUGCAAGAAGUUUGACAAGAAUGUCGGCGCUAAAAUACAACAUCAGUAUAUGUCAGACAAGGUGAACGUUCGGUGGUUUGUGCGAAGCGAUAUACUCGAGCGCCACAUACAAGACGUUGAGGAUCUUUACUCGAGAUAUUUCGAGGCGGGGAAUCGGAAAGUCGCAAUUUCAAAGCUGCGAAUUAAAGCCAAUAAGCGACACGACUAUUCGCUGAGCGCUGGUUUAAGUGGUGCAUAUCUCGGUAUUGGCCUGACAACAGGUAUACUGGGCCUUACUGAAGCUCAUACAUUCUCACUAUCGACUGAAGUUGGGGUCGCAGAAAAUACCAGCUAUUUGCUACAGAUUUAUGGUGGGUACCUGCUCCUAGUACUGUUGUCCAUGAUGUUUGGCAUCGCCUCCCGAUUCUGGACGCGACAUAACAUCAACUACUCCUUCAUUUUCGAAUUUGACCUCCGUCACCACUUGGAUUACAGGGAGUUCUUUGAGUUACCUUGCCUGUUCUUCUCGUUCCUAGGGCUCACACUCUAUCUCAACUUCAACGCAGCCCUCCCUGAGGACAUGUUUAUAUAUUGGCCGGUGGUGUUAGUCGGACUAACAGUUGUGCUCUUGGCCCUUCCUAUACCACAACUGAUGCACCGGUCUCGCAUCUGGUUGCUUUAUUCCAGCUUCCGCCUCCUGCUCCCAUUCUGGUAUUCGGUCGAAUUUCGCGAUUUCUUUCUCGGUGAUAUGCUUUGUUCCCUUACGUACGUUAUGGGCAACAUCGAGUUGUUCUUCUGCCUAUAUGCCCGCGGAUGGACUAACAACGCACAAUGCAACUCUCGUAAUUCGGCACUACUUGGGUUUUUAACAACAGUGCCUGGUAUUAUACGAGCAAUCCAAUGUGGUCAUCGAGUAUAUCUUACAAGGAAAGCCUGGCCUCAACUGUACAACCUGGCGAAGUACUUUGCCACGAUUGCAUUUUACAUGUCAUUAAGCCUGUAUCGGAUCAAUCAGAAUACUGCGACGAAAUCAAUCUUCAUUACCUUUGCGACAGUGAACUCUGUUUAUUGCAUUUUCUGGGAUAUCUUCAUAGACUGGAGUUUAGGAAACCCUGCGGCGCAUCCUAAGUACCUAAGAAGAACCCGUGGCUUUAAGAGUGGCUGGCCAUACUACUUGGCUAGCAUCGUCGAUCCAAUUUUGCGUUUCAAUUGGAUAUUCUACGCCAUAUUCGGCGAUGAAGUGCAGCAUUCAGCUUUGCUCUCUUUCUUCGUGGCCUUGUCGGAGGUAUUCCGGAGAGGCAUGUGGGCGAUCUUCAGAGUCGAGAAUGAACAUACGAUGAAUGUGAAGUUACGACAAGCUCACAAAGAUAAGCCCCUUCCUUAUAAGGUUUCUGCGUCUGUUGCACCACGUAUCAGCGAAGAGACCGCCUCAGAUGAGGCACGACCAACUUCGCCGGCCCAAUUGGAGCAAGCGUCUACUCGCGAUAGCCAGCGUUCUGGUCUCCAUACGGUCGGCACGUUGCUACAGACAGCCCACAGAGCAGACUUCCAACGCAGGAAGAAACCCGAGGACGACGUUGAGGCCGAUUCUGACGAUGACGAUAGCGAAGAUUCUGACGAGGACGUCAAGGAUAUGGAAAGCACCGAGCAUAAUCGACUUUGA